CGCACAGCGGAAGUGAGUGUUUAUCAGCGGACAUGGCGUGUGUGUUAGCUGGCAGGACGAAUUCAAAGAUGUUUUCUUCACCAGGACGAACUGAACGCCGCUCCUGGAUCUUUGUUUUCUUUCUGGUGAUGUGUGGGACGUCGAUACCAGUUUUGGCCAAGCCGGAAAGUCUGAGAGAAGUGACGGACGGGGACUGGGAGAAAAUCCUGACAGGAGAAUGGAUGAUUGAAUUCUAUGCGCCCUGGUGUCCGGCCUGUCAGCAGCUGCAGCCGGUGUGGAAGGAGUUUGCAGACUGGGGGGAGGACAUGGGAAUCAACGUAGCCAAGGUGGAUGUGACAGAACAACCUGCGUUGUCAUAACUACAUGACUGAGCAGCUGAGCAUUCCUGUCUGGGGUUCAUAUGUUAUCUUCGGUCUGGUCACCUUGUUUGCAGGACUUGCAUUGGGUCUACUGCUGGUGUUCAUCGCAGACUUCAUCUUUCCUUCACGGCGCUUUUCUUCUCCUGAUUACUACCAGAAGAAACAGGCACUGGAGCAGGCGCGCUUCAUCCAGCGUCAGGACGAGGACCAAGAGGCUGACGCAGAAGAAGAUGACGACGAUGAAGAGGAGGAUCACGAUGGGGACAAGGACGAGGUCUGGAGAAAGAGGAGAGGAUCUCCCGAGGGCCGCCCAGAACCUGAAGACGCUCUGAGGAAGAGGGUGGUGGGCAGCCGUGAGGAGGAGGACACCCGAGCGUGACGUGGCUCCUUUCCUCCUCCACCUCCUCCUGAUCGGAGUGGAGGAGGCGUGGUCCUGAGCAGCAGUGUUACAUGGAAGGAGUCCAAACUCUCCCUCCUCUCCUUUUAUAUCCUUUUCUCCUUGAUUCGAUCCAGCUUUGUUCGUCCUUCCUGGUUUUUAACAGGACUGCUUUAGACUUUAGCCACCUGGCUCCACCUGGAACAACAAAGACUCUCCUCACCUGUGUUCACCUGGCAGAGUGUGAAGUGCAGUACAGCUGAAGUUUUAAAUGCUGUUUAUGCUAUGCAUUGUUUGUUUGUUUGUUUUUGUUUCCCAACAGAUGGAUUAUAGUGUUUUUAUGAAGCUCGUGGUUUAUUUGCUUGUUUUACUCGUCAGCUCUCUUUUCAUUUAGAUGAUUUUAUUCUGCUUAGAAAAGCGUUUGAUUCUAAAAUAUUACUGAUUUGUGUUCAUGGUUUAUUAAAGACGGGGUUAAAAAAA